GUUUAAAGAAAUUUUGUCAUGAAAAUAAGGUCUUACUUUUUAAAUAUGAAAAAUAGAUAUCACCCAUCUUAUGUAUUUACUAACUAUGCAAUAUCUAAAAUGGCGAAGUACUGGGUGAUUGUUUCUUUCGCUAAAUAGGUUAUACAAUACAAUUGUAAUUGGCAGAAAUAAUAACAAAAUAAUUUGAUUCGAUAGAAUUAUAAAAGAGUAUUAUGAUUACGUUGAAAUAAUUAGUAUUUGUGCAACAUCUUAAUGUUCUAAUAAUAAAAAAAAAUACGUGGAUAAUGGCUGAAAAUGUCGUUCAGUGCGAUGAUGAGUUUGUACAUUCCAUCAAGACAUUACUCUGGGGUAAUAGUAUUAAAAAAGAUGUUUUUAAACGGUGGGCUCAAGGAUUUUAUUUUAGUCCCGAUGAGCCAACAGCAUUGAUACAAACAGAAGGUGGUCCUUGUGCAGUAAUAGCUCCUGUCCAAGCCUUCAUUUUAAAGGAAUUACUAUCAGAGACUGAUGUUUCAACUUGGAAAAAUAUAAAUUUAGAUACAUGUUAUCAACUCCUUGUACGAGCUUCUAUAGAAAUUUUGAAACAGGCAGCUGGGGAAAAAGUUCCAAAGUUUUGUAUUGUCUUCAUGGAUUGUAAAUUUUCAAAUGAAGACAAUGUAAGGAAAACCAAAUGGGUGGAAAAAAUACCAGAAAUUGAAAACCGUGAAACAGAAAUAAAUGUAGCAAAUAAUGAAAAUCAAGAAACAAAAAAAAAAAUAUUAUUGAUGGAAAUGAAUGAAGAAUGCAGAAGCAUAGAUUCCGAUCUUUUUCAUUCUCAAUUGAGACUUUUUACAACUAAUACUUCUGAACAUGUGGAAGAAUUUUUUUUAGAGAGGUUAGAGAUGUUAAAAGAUCGAUAUGGAAUUUUGUUGCUUCUUUAUAGUAUAAUUGUUACAAAAGGUGUAACUGAAAUUCGUUCAGAAAUGUCUGAUCCAUUAGAAUCAAUGAUUGAUUCAACAUAUGGCUAUGGAAAUCAGAGUCUUAUAAAUUUAAUGCUUACGGGAAGAGCAGUCAGUCAUGUAUGGGAUCAUGAUCAAGAUGUUGGAGGAUUGAAAUUACGAGGAAUAGAUACACAAAAUGCAAUAGGAUUUCUUGCACUUCUUGAACAUUUAUGUUAUUGUGAAGUAGGAACUUUCUUAAAAUCUCCAUCAAAUCCUAUUUGGGUGUUGGGUUCAGAAACUCAUUUGACUGUUCUGUUUUCUACUGAAAAAAAACUUGUGAGUCCAGAAACACCUGCAGAUCAAGCAAAGAGAGUUUUUAGAAAAUUUGAUCCAGAGGGAAAUGAUUUUAUUCCUGCUAAUUUAUUACAAGAUGUUCUUGCUGAACUUGGAUUGGUUACGGACUCAGAUUAUGUCAAUGUAAUGAAGAAAAAAUUGGAUAGUGAAAAUUUGGGAAUUAUUUUACGUACUAAUUUCAUGGAUGAAUUCUUUCCUGAAGAGCCGCGAACGUGCCCAGAUACAUUUCCGUUGUAUCAUUAUAAUGGUCUACAACAUAGCAAUCCAGAAAAUAAAGUGAUAUAUCAUAAAGGUCAAGCAGUGUUACUGGAAUGUACUAUCAAGGGUAUUAUGGAAAGUAAUCCUAUGUUAACAGUACUUCAAACAAAGUGGCCCAGAAUUGAAAUUCAAUGGGAUAUUGGUCAGAAUCCGAGCCUUAAUUAAUAAAUUCUGCUAAUGUUUUAUUUUUAACAAUACUAUUAGAAUUGUUAUGCAAGAAAAUAAAUAACAAAACUAUAAAAGAGCUUAAGGUGUACUUAAAUUUAACAAACGAAAUUUUAUAUUUGAAAGUAUUUAACAAAAAUCUUCAGAAAAAGAAUUAAUAAGAUUUCUUUUCUGGAUAUAUAUUUAAAAUAGAAUUUUAUUUAUAAAUGCUAAUAUUCAAUGAUUUUAAUAUACUAUAAUAAUUUGAUGUUAAUACCUCUAUUCAUCAAGAUUAAAAAUUAUAUUUAUUCGUUCUUUUAUAGACGAAAUUAAAUUUAAAUAUAUUUUAAGCGAUGGUUUAGAAAUAAUUAUCUAAUAACAUAUUAUUAAAAAUUUGCAAUAUAAACAUUGAGUUGAUAAAAUAUUAAUUUUGACAUAAAGAAAUUGAAAAUUAUUUGAUAUCAAAAUAAAAAGGAGUUAAAUUAAAUUUAUUAAUAAAUGAAAGUGGAAAAAAUAUGUGAAUUCUGCUUAUAAACGAUAUAUAAUAGAGAAAAAUAAUAACGGAAAUGUAGUAAGAGAAAUAUGUGAAUAUUCAUAUUAAAAAUGUAAUAAAAAGUAGUGUAAAGAGAAAAACAAUCUAAAAGGAAGUAAGAAAAUAAAAUUUUAGGCAAUGUACAAAUCUAUGUAAAUCGUAUCAAUGGCUAAAUGUGUAGUUAGAUCGAAGUUAUAAUCUAGUCAUUAGAUCGACAUAUUAAUAAUAUUUUCACUUUCCUCCCAUUUCUUUUUUUUUUUUUUUUACAUAUAAUAUAAGGGAA